GCCCCUCCCCUCGCGUGCAGCCGGCUGCGCUUUGUGCUUGCUGCUGCUGGGUCCCGGGCCGGGGGGGGGCGAUGGGGGCGGCGGUCUUCUGGGGCUGCACCUGCAUCGCCUUCGGUCCGGCCGCCGCGCUCUGCCUGCUGACCGUGGCCGGAGACCCCCUGCGCGUCAUCGUCCUGGUGGCAGGGGCCUUUUUCUGGCUGGUCUCCCUCCUCUUGGCUUCUUUGAUCUGGUAUAUUUCGGUGCAGCUCAGUGACCGGAACGACGGGCAGCUGCAGUACGGCCUCCUGGUCUUCGGGGCUGCGGUCUCCGUCCUGCUACAAGAGGCCUUCCGCUUUGCAUACUUCAAGCUCCUCAAGAAGGCCGAUGAAGGUUUGGUGUCCCUCAGCGAAGAUGGCCGGCCUCCGCUGUCGAUCAAGCAGAUGGCCUACGUAUCCGGGCUCUCCUUUGGGAUCAUCAGCGGCCUCUUUUCCAUCAUCAAUAUCCUGGCGGACUCCAUCGGUCCGGGCACUGUGGGAAUCCAUGGAGACUCCCCACACUAUUUCAUCACAUCAGCUUUCUUGACCAUGGCUUUGGUUUUCUUACAUACCUUCUGGGGGACCAUCUUCUUCGAUGCCUGUGAGAAGAGACGUUACGGGACUCUGGGAUUGGUGGUCACCAGUCACCUGCUCACAUCUGGAUUGGUGAGUGUUUAGGGCAGUGAUGGCGAACCUAUG